AUGGGGGUCGUGGUGGCGCCUGCGCUCAUUCCGGAUAUCGAGAAGGUCUAUGACUGUUAUUUUGAAGCCUUCAAACAAGAGCCCAUGGCAGCAGUCAUGCUCGACAUACUCUUCCCAGGAGGGGUUACGGAAGAAUUUCGCAAAGCGCAUACCCAGGCCACGCUAGACUGGUGGCACAAGAGCACCACUCAAUAUACCUGGAAGGUCUUGGACACAGAAAAGGACGAGAUCAUAGGUAUGAUUCUCGCCGAUGGAUUCGUUAGUGAACGAAGCAAAGAGGAGCGCAAAUAUACUGGCCUGCCGUGGCUACAUGGUCAAGAACUGGAACGUGCUGAGGCAGUCAUUCGACCAUUGUGGGAAAUGAGGGAGAAACUUUGGGGUGGUCGACCGUACAUAUAUGUUCAUGCAAUUGCUAUCAUGCCUGAGCACCAGGGCCUGAAAGCUGGUAUGGCCUUGAUGCUGUGGGGUGUGGAUUUGGCGGACAGAUCAGACUUGCCUGUAUAUAUCGAAGCAUCGCCGUCUACGUGGACGUUGUACGAACGAGUAGGAUUCGAGCGCAUCAACGAAAGAUUGGUGCACAAAAAGGAGCUCCUGGGAACUGAUGAAGAUAUUGAGGUGCCACUCAUGGUUCGGAUGCCUGCUGCGGCUAACGGCAUGACCUUUGACGAAUGGCGCGCAAAUGGCUAUCCGCCGUUCGAAGAGUGA